GGAGUAAUGACUAAAACCCUGCCUCCAAAAGAGAGAGAGAGAGAGUGAGAGAGAGAGAGAAAGAGGGAGUCACUCUGAGCUCUGCUGACAUUCCCAACAAGCAUUGCAGGGGAGAAAACUGAGUGUGAGAUACAGAAACACAGAGUGAGUCAGUGAGUGAGGCGUCUUUAAAAGUACCACACUCUCACACACACUGUCAGGACGUAACACAAGAGAAAGCCCAGACGAAAAGAAACAAAGAAGAAAGUAGUUAUCAGCAGCUGGUGUGAUCUGUUUUUGUUUCACACAGAAGGAGACACAAGAAGAAGAAGAAGAAAAGAAAAGAGGCCAACAUGUCCAACGCUCUGCUGAGGAGAAAGUCUAGCAAACAAGGUUUGCAGAACCUGCAGAGGCUCACAGCUCAGAGGAGCAUUGAGGACGCUGAGGAGGUUGAGAGGGAGCGUCGCCGAAGAGCCCGCGAGGAUUUACGUCGAAGAAACAGCGGUUCACUGUCAGGAGAAUCACCUGAGAAUGAGAUGCCAGCAGAGGACAGCAAGUAUGAUGGCAGCUAUAAGCCGAGCAGCUCUCCAUCCCUGGAGGAGGACGAGGGCUUCAGCGACUGGACUCAGCGCAGAGAGAGACGGAGACAGCAGCGUCUGCAGGAGCUCAGUCAGGGAGGUGAGGAGGAGGAGGACGAAGAGGACGACACAAACACAGUGACUAGAGCUGAGAAGACCGCCCAGGCCUCCAUCACGUCCUCCAGCCGACUCCAGAGACAGGACGCAGACGAGCCGGACAGGAUGACAGCGGAGAUGGAGAGGAGGAAGGACCGAGGGGAAGGGGUGAUUCGAGCUGAGAGGGUGAGGAGGGAGAAAGAGAGGGAGGAAAAGGAGGAGGAGGAGGAGGAGGAGAAGAGGAGAAGGGAGGAGGUGAUGCCCAGGAGGAGGGAGGAGAGUCAAAGACCUAACACAGAGGUUGAAAAAAGAAAAGAAGUGAAAGUGUCUUACACAUCCAAGGUUUUCCUGCACCAAGAGCCAAAACACAUCAACACCAACGGAGACGCCACAGAUCAUGAGGUGACAUCAUACAACAGCAUCAGCCACAGCAAGACAAGAAGGUCCACCAGAGCGGUGGAGCCGGAGGAGGCGGAGGCCAUCCUGGAGACGGAGCAGCGUCUGGAGAAGAUCCGACGAAGCCUCCAGGAGAAGGAGAGCCAGGAGCUGGAGCAUCUGAGACACCGACAAGUGGAAGCCGAACAGGAGCUAGAGCAGCUGAAGAAGAGGAGGGAGGACAGACGCCGAGUCCGGGAGGAAGAGGAGCGACGGAGGGAGGAGGAGGAGCAGCAGCGGAUGGCCAAAGAGGAGGAGGAGAAGAGGCAGAUGAAGGAGGACAUUGAGAGGAGGAGGAUGGAGGCGGCAGAGAGGAUGAAGAACCUGAGUACGACAGGUGUUGAUGGAGACGAGAUGUUCAGUCCCUUCAGCCCCAAAGCUCCGACUCACAAGAUCACAGAGAGAACAGAGUCCCUGAACCGUUCCCUGAAGAAAAGUAACAGCUUUAAGAAGACACAACCCCCCGUCCUGCUGACAAAGAUCGACAACAAGCUGGAGCAGUACACUCACGCUGUGGAGAACUCCCAGGAGGGCUGGCCAGUGAAGGCAGCACCAGUCGACCUGCCCAGUGCACCUGAAGUGGUCUCCUCCAAGAAGAACCUGUUUGAGGCCGGAGACGCCUGGAGUCAGAGUCCCACCAAAGGACCAUCCUGCAAGGAUGCAGAGGGGUUGAAAGUGGGCGUGGCCAGUCUGAUCACUCAGUGGGUGAAGGGUCCGACAGACAGCAAACUGUCGCCCUGCAAACCCAGUGAUGUGAAGGCUGGAGAUGUGAUGCAGAAGAGGAACAUGUGGGAGGUCAUAGGUGACUCAUCAGGGAGGGCGGGACAAAAGGCAAAGAACGCCACAGGUGGUAAAAAAUACAAAUUCGUCGUCACUGGUCAUGGAAAGUAUGAGAAAAUCCCUGUGGACAAAGAGGACGGAGGAGAGUUUGGUAACGAUUUGUGUCACUGAGGAGGCGCUUGGAGUGGAUUCAACCUUCAUAAACAUCCACAGAUUGAAAAUAAGACACGAACAGAAGCUGAAACAAUCGUACAUAUUUCAUGUGUAUUCAAUAAAUCACUUUUCAUGAUCUGAUCUAUCAAAACCCAGCAGCAAAUCCAAACCAUUUGUACUUGUUUAAACUCCUCUUUGUUUUUGUAUUUUCUCACAUACAAUAUUAUGUAUAUAUCUGAUUGUGAGCUUCACCAUUCCUGUGUUUUCUAAUGUCCGACUGAUCCUUGUGUUAAACCAUCUAGAAAAAAAAAAAAAACUUUGUCAGUUAAACAUUUUUGAAUAGAAAAGUUUACAUUUUCCAUUUGUGUGGGAUUACAAGAUUUUUUUAUUCAUUAAACAACAAAGUAUUUGAUCUGUUCUGGCCUUGAAAUAUGGUUUAAGACCAAUCUGAAACUGUUUGGGAGGAGUACUUUGUCAAAAACUGUAAAAUUAUCAGACUUUAUUCUGAUAAUGAUGAUUUUGCAAAUAUUAAAGUCUGCAUGUCUUGUCUGAAUUUGCUACCUAAAUAGAGAAAAGUGGCUUGAUGUUACCGUGAAAACAAUCACACAGACACAUGAUCUACAAUAUACAAUCAAACUCUUUUUUUUUUUUCUACUAUUUUUCCAUUUAACCCAUUGGUGCCUUUAGCUCUGUUUUCUGAACUACUGCAGACACGUUUCACCUGAAUAUAAAGUUACUGAAAUCCCUGCUUGUAUUUGUUUAUAACCUUUUUUUCAUAAAUAAAUUAAAAAAUCUUUUAUACUUUA